AUGCAGCGCGAAAAGCUCAAGAAGAUGCGGAAGCUUCCGAAGCUUACGCCGGGCGAGGAUAAAAGCAGAGAUGAGGCAAAGGAAGGCCGAAGAGCAGGUCAGGAAAAAGCAGAGGAAAGUCCAGAGUUUGCAACGUAUGCUCGCAGAAAUUGGUGUGGCGCUCAGCAUUUCGGGGUGCAAGCUUUCGAGCUGCUUCCUCACAGUUUCGCUGUCUGCUGCCGGCGUUCUGACGAAGCCUUGGAAAAAGGAGCUGAGAGCGACAGCGAUGCACCUCCAGAUGAGAGAGCACCUGCCUUCUUCGUCAAUGAGGAUGGAACGAAGGCGCUCGGUGCCGCGGCCAAGGACAAGAAAGGCAUGGCCUUCAGGGAAGCCGAAUCCGCUCGCUACGAGCUGCGGCUGGGCAUGGCUCGGGGUCCCUGUUCUGUAUCCCGCCGUCCAGGUUCGGUUUUUAGGCGGGCUAUCUUGAGGUUAGGGUGUCUGAUGAGACUGGGGGUCUGUCAUCCGUUCUCUGCUUGA